GUCUCGGACGUCUAAGAAUAGCUUGCCUCUAUCCAAUCAGAUAGACCUUGGCUGUCUCUGCCCCAGUUGGCAUAGACUGCUUCCUUUCGCUGCCGCACCCUGCGCAGAUGCUGAGUCUUCAGAUCAUCAUUCGUAUUCUGGUGAUGGAUGUUGUGCAUACACUCCGUUAUCGUUGGUGCCUUUGAUCCGAAGUUCUUUAGUUGUAGUGAACCAUGAGAGCAGGGAACGUCUAGCAUCAGAAUUAGACCUUCUCGCGCCAUAGUCUACCAAAUAUGGCUGGUCAAUGGAGACUCGCAACAAUGAUUCGCUCGCUUGCCGACCACCUUGUUGGCCAUACUGCAGCGCGAUUUCCUUGCUAUCAGACGAAUGUCGGGAUUAUACCAGCAAUAGGAAAAGUUGAGGAUUAGGACGAGCUUUACUCCUGAUAAUUGCUCGUCUAUGUCCAUUGUUGCUCACUCAAUACGUCGUGCGAGCCCGCAGACGGUCCUCCUGAAAGGACCAGGAAGAACUUUAUUGGCUGAUAGCUCACAUUCUUCUUUAAGCUGGAUCCCUGCGAGGCGCAAUGCCACUGCACGUCAUGGCGAUCCCAGCUGAUCACAUGGGCGUCUGGCGGAGAAAUCCGAUUAACGAGUCCGGGUCAUCACAAUGAUGAGCAUAUUUGAUCAGACAAGAUACCAAAAUUGUCUAGCAUACUGUGCGUCGAGUGUAUACUCCAUUUAUGCUCCACCACCUGGUUAUAAGAAAACGACUUUGGAGAAUGUAUGUUGUGCUGUGGGCCUCGCAUCUGCGAUCAUGGCAAUAGGUCUCGAUGAAGCGUCCUUGCUAGCUCUCGUGAUGGAGUCUAUUAUGUUCGGUCUACUUACAGCGUGUUUUUCGACGACGACAUAUAUCCUUCUGUUUCGAAGGAGGCACGGGAAUGCACUGAAUAAACCGGUCUUCGCUGUCUCUGUGCUGAUGUAUUGCGUUGCGUUUACACACAUUGCCCUCAAUGCACGCCGUGCAGUCUACGCUUUCAUCGCCUUGCCGGGCGGACAUGAAAGCACAGUCGCAUACUUCAAAGCGUCUGCAGAUCCUUUGUAUCUCGCCAAAAUUAGUAUGUACAUCAUCCAGACAAUCACGGGGGAUGCGUUCAUUAUUUACCGCUUGUACAUGGUCUGGGGCCGAGAGCUUCGUCUCCUAAUACCUGCUUUAAUUUUCCUGUUCGCUGGCACCGCUUGCGCGAUUAUGGCGGCUAUUGAUGCCUCACUCGUUUCCCCGACGACGUUAAUCUUCAUUCCACGACUGAAGCAAUGGAUUGUAUCGUUCUUUUCCCUCACGCUCUUUACGAAUGCCUCCUGCACUGCACUUAUAGCUUUCAAAAUAUGGUGGACAGGCCGCCAACUAGGUCGCGCCUCUCAUCGGCGCAAUCUUACUCCGGUCAUGGCUAUUAUCAUCGAAUCGGGCAGCGUAUACUCCAUUUCCCUCAUUUCACUGAUGUGUGCGUAUCUCAGCGGCACAUGGGGACACUAUAUAGUUUUGGACAUGAUGACUCCGAUUAUAGCAAUAACAUUUUCACUCAUUAUUGUUCGCAUUGGACUGGGAAUCUCGGCCUCAAAUGCGUCAACGCGUUUCCGCAGUACCUCCCAAGGACGAAACGUCUCACUUGGAUCUCGCGGUGCCAUACAAGAGCAGAUGCCUAUGCAGCCUCUCGUUGUUCACCUCGCACAAACGCGUUCCGUUAAGGAUGAUGCUGGCAAACUUGUUACAGAAGGUGGAGAAACAGAUUCAUUCGGAACUCAAAUGGCGCCCCCUAGGAGCAAACAUUCUGGUGGAGAAUCGUUCGUAGACGUAUGAAGAUAUUUAUUAUUUAAUU